AUGUCUGCUCCUCAAGACGAAUUCCAGCCCGGCAGCGACGCGAUCGAAGGAGUCAGUGGUGCCGAUACCGUCCAGAACGACUACAAAUCCCGAACAGGACAGAGCACCAUUCCUGUCCAGAAAGAUGAAGUUCCGGUUGAGGAUCCCAUCGACGCCAAAACUGCCGACUCGGACGAGCAACUAGCUCGCGACGACACCGAUGCCAUUGACCAGAGCAAUAUCAUCGAUGAGCGUACUCGUGGUGCAUCCAAGUCAUACAGAGAGCCUGGCGACGAGGAAGGUCUUCCUGGCCCGGAUGACGGAACCAGUGCUGUGGCCUAUUAA